AUGGAGCCGGGCAGCCUGCUGCGCUUCCUGCGGAGGCUCAAGGAGGUCUUCGACGUGUGCGACGAGGACGCGGACGGCUUCAUCCGCGUGGAGCACUUCGUGGCGCUGGGGCUGCAGUUCGGCCAGGGCGAGGAGGUGGAAAAAUUGACGAAGUACUUGGACCCAAAUGACUUGGGAAGAAUCAAUUUCAAGGACUUCUGUCAUGGAGUUUUUGCUAUCAAAGGCUGUGAAGAGCUGCUAAAAGAUGUCCUGUCUGCUGAAAACUCUGAGCCUCAGCACUAUGAGCCGCAGUACGUGGACUACUACUACCAGGGCAGUGAAAUCCAGGACUGCGCCUACUUGGACAACGAAAGCGCCUACAGCGAGUCGGAGCUCUUUCCUGAUGAGGACACCAUGACUCUAGCACAACAAGAGCUUCACCAUGAGUCCGACAUGGACAGUGCUAUUGAGAGUGCUCAGAGCUCGGAGGCCUCCGACAUCUGUCGCAGCGAGGACAAGGACAGCGGCCUCGGUGGCCUCUUCCUGCCCGGAGACAAGUCAAGCCCUCACAACCCUUCUGCAGCAUCUGACCUCUCCACCUAUUCCACCGCCUCUCUGAUAAGUAAUGAAGAACAAUUUGAAGACUAUGGGGAAGGAGAUGAUGUGGAUUUUACUCCCAGUAGCCCAUGCCCUGAUGAUGAGACCAGAACCAACGCCUACUCUGACCUUGGCUCAUCUGUAUCUUCCAGUGCUGGCCAAACGCCCCGAAAAAUGAGGCAUGUUUAUAACAGCGAGUUGCUGGAUGUUUACUGCACCCAGUGCUGCAAAAAGAUAAAUCUGCUCAACGAUUUGGAAGCCAGGCUGAAAAACUUGAAAGCAAACAGCCCUAACAGAAAAAUAUCAAGCACAGCUUUUGGAAGGCAGCUCUUCCACAAUAGUAACUUCAGCAGCAGUAACGGCAGCACAGAAGACCUGUUCCGAGACAGUAUAGACUCCUGUGAUAACGAUAUAACUGAGAAGGUAACAUACCUGGAGAAAAAAGUGACUGAACUGGAGAAUGAUAACCUGACAAAUGGUGACCUAAAGAGCAAAUUGAAACAGGAAAACACGCAGCUCGUUCACAGAGUUCAUGAGCUUGAGGAACUAUUGAAAGACCAAGAGACAUCAGCAGAACAGACCCUGGAAGAAGAGAUAAAGAGACACCGAGAAGCAUACAGCAAGUAUGAAAAAGAGAAGGGCACAGAAAUUGAGCUGCUAAAUACAAGGGUUCUGCAACUGGAAGAAGAAAAUGGUGAGCUGAAAACCACUGUCACACGACUGAAAUCACAAACGGAGAAAUUAGAUGAGGAAAGGCAACGCAUGUCAGAUAGGUUGGAAGACACUAGUCUACGACUGAAGGAUGAGAUGGAUUUGUACAAGAGAAUGAUGGACAAGCUGCGACAGAACAGACUGGAAUUCAACAAGGAGAGGGAAGCCACACAGGAGCUCAUUGAGGACUUGCGGAAGGAACUGGAGCACCUGCAGCUGUACAAGCUGGAAUGUGAGCGCCCAGGACGGGGCAGAAGCUCCUCAUCCAGCUUGAGCGAGUUCAACGCCAAAACCAGAGAGGUGGAAAUGGAGCAUGAAAUAAAACGUCUGAAGCAGGAGAACCAGAAGCUUCGUGAUCAAAAUGAUGAUCUUAAUGGUCAGAUCCUAAGUCUCAGUCUUUAUGAAGCUAAAAAUCUCUUUGCAACGCAAACAAAAGCCCAGUCACUUGCUGCUGAAAUUGAUUCUGCGUCAAGAGAUGAGCUCAUGGAGGCCCUUAAAGAACAGGAGGAGAUAAAUUACAGAUUGCGACAGUAUAUGGACAAGAUCAUUUUGGCAAUCCUGGACCACAACCCCUCUAUCUUGGAAAUAAAAAAUUGAAGGGAUUCCUAAAGGAGAAGCAGCAACUGUCUGACACUUCUGCACAUGCCACUGGAUCUAAACAACACUCUGAUACUGUAAAUGAACCUAUAAAUAUAUAUAUAUUAUAUAUAUACACUAAGUGUGAGUGUGGGUGCGCGGGUGUGUUUAUAUGAUGUUUGGUACACUGUUAUUUGUCAUUGUAUUGGCUUGGUUAGACUUUUUCCAUGCACUUUCAAUACCUGUAAUGAGAUAGAUACUGUAUAUUAAUGUAAUAACAAUAUAACUGGAUCAUGCUGUUUUAGAUACUGGACAAAAUGACUCUACCUCUAGUUGUUAAGGUAAAAGACAAUGGGAACAUAUGGAUACGACCCUAACUUUAAGAGCAAGAAUUGUUCUUUUGUUCUUCCAGGAAUUUGGGUACCACAAAAAAAUCACCAUACCCAGGUUCAGGUCCUGACUGGUGCUGGCAAUGUAAUUUCCUGUUCAAUU